GACUCUAUUCUAGUUAUAAUAUACAUCAUUAAAGAGGUGAAAGGAAUCUCAAUAAAAGCAAUGGACAUAAAAAAAUUAAAUUUGCUAGUGAUUCAUUUAUUUCACAUAUUGAUGCUGUGUACUGGCGUAUAUUCUAUUAGUGUAAGGCGAAAUAUUUUCAAAAGGAAUCAUAGCGAUAGAAGUAUAAGUGGUUAUUUAACAGAGAGAACAUGUUGGUGGAAUGAAGUUUGUAAAGAAGAAUUUCAUACUAAAUUUAGAUGUCGAUGUCCGAACUGGUCGUAUUGUAGAGCUCCUGGCAGAUAUUACGAUGCUCAUUGUAGUAUAACAAAAACUGGAUAUAUUUGGACUCAACCAGAAACUUCCUUAGCAUACAAUUAAACAAGUGAAAAAUUAUAGAAGAUGUACAUAAUUAUUAUAAGUUAAGUGAGUACGUAUUAAAUAAUAAAAAUAAAUUGUAAAACAUUUUCAAAACAUGCAACAAUCAGUAGAUCGAUUGUUAUGUCAUGAAAAGUUAAGUUCACAUUUAUUUAAACAUUGUUAAGCUGAGAGAAAUGUGGAAAUCGAGUAUGAGUUGUCACUCAUAAGCAAACUCUUGGAAAAAUUUUAUAGACUUUUUUAAAGGACUUCUGCAGUUAAUCCUUUUAAAAGUGUCUGCCAGUUCGUAUAUUUAAUUUUAAUAAAGAUUUUUUAUAGAAGCAAAUCUAGUUUCCAACAACACUGGUUUUACUUUUUUCUUUUAAUUAUUAUUUUCGAGUAAAAUGUACAAAAGGAUAUUCUUUAUUUCUUUGUAGUUCAUAAACAUGUACAUAAAUAUAAAUAAAAAAAAUUGUUAAUAACAAUACAAAUUUUUCAUAUAAGUUAAAUUUUAUCAAAUGUAAGUUACUCCAAUCUCAAAAAAACAAUCUUCUAUUAUAUUAAGUUAACAAAUUUCCAAAAGCGACACCGAUACCGACCUUGGAAAAUGUAUUUUCAUUUAUUUUUCAAAUAAAUCAAAUUCCUCCGCCAUAUGUUUUUGGAAAAUCUUACAUACCUUUUUUUGUAACAUGUUUUUGCAAUUUUAGCCCGAAAAAGGAUUAUUUUGCAAUUUUAAGCAAUUUUUGACGAUUUUUUGGAUAUAUACCUAUAAAAAUA